CCCCCCUUCUGUGGGGGUGGGGGGAGUUGAGGGCCCCCCAUGGCCAGGCACUGACUGGUGGUGUCUUUCUCUGCUCCCCCCCCCCCCCCCAGGUGAGCACCUGCGGAUCUGCCCCCAGGACUACACCUGCUGCUCCAGCGAGAUGGAGGAGCAGCUCAGCCUGCAGAGCAACAGGGACUUCCGGGCCCUGGUGGAGGACGGGGCCAGUUUCCUGCCCAGCACCCUGGCCUCGCGCCACCGCCGCUUCGAGGAGUUUUUCCGGGAGCUGCUGUCGGCGGCCGAGCGGGGGCUGCAGGCCAUGUUCACGCAGACCUACGGCCGCCUGUACGCCCAGAACGCCCGGCUCUUCCAGGGGCUCUUCGCCGAGCUGCGGCGGCACCAGCAGGGCGCCCGGCUCAGCCUGGACGAGGCGCUGGGCGAGUUCUGGGCUCGGCUACUGGAGCGGAUGCUGCCCCUGCUCAACCCCCAGUACCAGUUCCCCCCCGAGUACCUGGAGUGCGUGGCGCGCCAGGGGGAGGCGCUGCGGCCCUUCGGGGAUGUGCCUCGCAAACUGCGCCUGCAG